GCUUCCUGAAGGGGACGGUGGCGGCCGCGCCUCCUCGGCUCUCUGCACGUGGCCUCGCGGCUGCUUCCUCCUCCUGCACCCUCCGGACCCCGCGUCUGCAGCCAUGGCUCCCGGCCAGCUAGCCGUCUUGAGUGUCUCGGACAAAACCGGUCUCGUGGAUUUUGCCAGAAACUUGGCUUCUUUUGGCUUGAAUCUCGUCGCCUCUGGAGGGACUGCGAAAGCUCUUAGGGAUGCUGGUCUGGCGGUCAGGGAUGUCUCCGAGCUGACAGGGUUUCCUGAGAUGCUCGGAGGGCGUGUGAAGACCUUGCAUCCUGCAGUACAUGCUGGAAUCCUGGCUCGUGACAUCCCAGAAGACAAUGCUGAUAUGGCCAGACUUGAUUUCAAUCUGAUAAGAGUCGUUGCCUGUAACCUGUACCCGUUUGUGCGGACUGUGGCGUCCCCAGAGGUGACUGUGGAGGAGGCCGUGGAGCAGAUCGAUAUUGGUGGAGUGACCUUACUGAGAGCUGCAGCAAAGAACCACGCCCGAGUGACGGUGGUGUGUGAACCAGAGGACUAUGCAGUGGUUUCCACGGAGAUGCAGACCUCCGACAGUAAAGACACUUCCCUGGAGACUCGACGCCAGUUAGCCCUGAAGGCAUUCACUCACACAGCGCAGUAUGAUGAAGCCAUUUCCGAUUACUUCCGGAGACAGUACAGCAAAGGAAUAUCGCAGAUGCCCCUGAGGUAUGGGAUGAACCCUCAUCAGACUCCUGCCCAGCUCUACACACUGAAGCCCAAGCUGCCCCUCACAGUUCUCAAUGGAGCUCCUGGGUUCAUAAACUUGUGCGAUGCUUUGAAUGCCUGGCAGCUAGUAAAGGAACUCAAAGAUGCGUUAGGCAUUCCAGCUGCUGCCUCUUUCAAACAUGUCAGCCCCGCAGGUGCCGCGGUGGGAAUUCCACUGAGUGAAGAUGAGGCCAGGGUCUGCAUGGUCCAUGAUCUCUAUCAAACCCUCACAGCUGUGGCAACCGCAUAUGCCAGAGCAAGAGGGGCUGACAGGAUGUCUUCAUUUGGUGAUUUUGUUGCACUGUCUGAUGUUUGUGAUGUCCCAACUGCAAAAAUUAUCUCUAGAGAGGUGUCUGAUGGCAUUGUUGCCCCAGGGUAUGAGGAAGAAGCCUUGAAAAUACUUUCUAAGAAGAAAAAUGGAAGUUACUGUGUUCUCCAGAUGGAUGCGUCUUACAAACCAGAUGAAAAUGAAGUUCGAACUCUCUUUGGUCUUCGUUUAAGUCAGAAGAGAAACAAUGGUGUCAUUGACAGAUCACUGUUCAGCAAUGUUGUCACCAAGAAUAAAGAACUGCCAGAGCCUGCCAUCAGAGACCUCAUCGUGGCCACCAUCGCUGUCAAGUACACUCAGUCUAACUCGGUGUGCUAUGCCAAGAACGGGCAGGUGAUUGGCAUCGGUGCGGGGCAGCAGUCCCGGAUACACUGCACGCGCUUGGCAGGGGAUAAGGCCAACUACUGGUGGCUUAGGCACCACCCACAGGUGCUCUCAAUGAAGUUUAAGGCAGGAGUGAAGAGAGCAGAGAUCUCCAAUGCCAUCGAUCAGUAUGUGACUGGAACCAUCGGCGAGGAUGAAGAUCUGCUCAAGUGGAAGGCUCUCUUUGAAGAAGUCCCUGCAAUGUUAACAGAGGCCGAGAAGAAGGAGUGGGUUGACAAACUGAGUGGGGUCUCUGUCAGCUCUGAUGCCUUCUUUCCCUUCAGGGAUAAUGUGGAUAGAGCGAAAAGGAGUGGCGUGGCGUACAUUGCUGCUCCAUCCGGUUCUGCCGCUGACAAAGUUGUGAUUGAGGCUUGCGAUGAACUAGGAAUCAUCCUCGCUCAUACGAAUCUUCGCCUCUUCCACCACUGACGUCAUCACAUCUGUACGCAGGGGGUUGCUUUUGUGUAGGUACAAAGAAUUUUGAACAUGCCUUUUCAGAAAAAAAUAAAAUGUUACACCUAACAA